UUAUAAAUUUUGAUUUUUUCUUCUUCCUCCCUUUCUACACCUCUCCUUCCCGCUCCUUACUCUCGACCAGGUCGAAGCCGGAGAGAGCCUUCUGUGUUUUGUCUUUCCGUUUCUCGGCCUGCAAUGAACUGCUCAAUUUCCGGUGAUGUCCCGGAGGAUCCGGUAGUCUCAAAGAAUUCCGGACUUCUGUUCGAGAAGCGUUUAAUCGAACGUCACAUCUCUGACUAUGGAAAAUGUCCAGUAACUGGAGAGCCUCUGACAAUGGAUGACAUUGUACCAAUUAAAACUGGAAAGAUAGUGAAGCCCCGACCUGUCCAGGCUGCAAGUAUACCUGGGAUGUUGGGAAUGUUUCAGAUUGAAUGGGAUGGUCUGAUGCUAUCAAACUUUGCAUUGGAGCAACAAUUACAUACUGCAAGGCAGGAGUUAAGCCAUGCUCUGUAUCAGCAUGAUGCCGCAUGCCGUGUAAUUGCAAGAUUGAAAAAGGAAAGGGAUGAGGCAAGGGAAUUAUUGGCUCACGCUGAAAGAGAGAUACCCAUGACAGCAGCUACUGCAACUGCAGCUAAUACUCCCACAUUGAGCAACGGGAAAAGAGCUGCUGAGGAUGAGGAGAUGGGUCCUGAAGGCAAGAAAAGUCGCCCAGGGAUUUCAUCAGCUAUUAUUACAGAACUUACAGAUUGCAAUACUAACCUUUCACAGCAAAGGAAAAAGCGACAGAUACCGCCAACAUUGGCCCCUGUAGAUGCUUUGGAGAGAUACACCCAGCUGAACAGUUACCCUCUACACAAAACCAACAAGCCGGGCAUACUCUCUUUGGACAUCUGUUACCCUAAGGACAUCGUUGCUACUGGAGGCGUUGACAAUAAUGCUAUCAUAUUUGAUAGAUCUUCAGAACAGAUUAUAUCUACACUAAGUGGUCACUCAAAGAGGGUUACCAAUGUCAAAUUUGCUGUUGAGGGUGAAGUGGUGGUCACUAGUUCUGCUGAUGAGACUGUUCGUGUAUGGCAAGGAUCUGAGAAUGGAAGCUAUGACUGUAGGCACAUUUUGAAGGAUCACACUGCAGAGGUGCAAGCUGUCACCGUCCAUGCAACAAAUAAUUACUUUGUGACUGCUUCUCUUGAUGGCACAUGGUGCUUUAAUGAACUUGCUUCUGGUUUAUGCCUUGCCCAGGUUGCGGACACUUCAGGAUCGGAGAGCUACACAUCUGCAGCUUUUCAUCCUGAUGGUCUAAUCCUUGGAACAGGUACAUCAGGGUCUAUUGUGAAGAUUUGGGAUGUAAAGAGUCAGGCAAAUGUUGCACGAUUUGAUGGGCACAUUGGAACUGUUACUGCAAUCUCCUUUUCAGAAAAUGGUUAUUUCCUAGCAACUGCUGCUCAAGAUGGGGUAAAGCUCUGGGAUUUACGCAAAUUAAGGAAUUUUAGAACUUUCACGCCAUAUGAUGACAACACACCAACCCAAACAGUGGAAUUUGACCAGAGUGGAAGUUACCUUGCCUUGGGAGGAUCAGAUAUAAGAGUCUAUCAAGUUGCUAGUGUGAAGUCGGAAUGGGGCUGCAUCAGGACAUUCCCUGAUUUGUCAGGCACAGGCAAAGCCACAUGUCUAAAAUUUGGUCCAGAUGCUAAAUACAUAGCUGUUGGAUCAAUGGAUCGAAACCUCAGAAUAUUUGGGCUGCCACAGGAGGAUGGUCAACCAGAAGAUUAAUUGCCAUUUCACUGUGUUGACACUAAUGGUACUUCUAUAGCAUAUGCUUCCUGGUUGCAGGUUUUGGCGCUUAUUUUGGGCAGAAGAAUUUGUGAAUGACUAUCUUUUGAAUUUGCCCAAAGCGUGGUUCCCUGCCAGAUUAUUAGUGACAAUGCAAUAAAUCUGAAGCAAUUUGCCAUCUUAUCCACUUUGAGGGUUAAUUUAUCGUGUAACAAAUUUUUUUGGGGUAAUAUUAUUGUAUCAUACAAAUGUAACAAUUGUUUGGAAUGGCUGAGAAAAAAAGACUAUUGAAUAUUGCUCGGAAAGAAGAUAUUGGUCCUGUUUGGUAAAA